AUGAAAACUGACAAGGACUUUAAAUAUGACAUUCCAAGCUUUUCAACGGAAACCAGGGUUUUAUACGUGGACAGAAGGGGUGUAUUCACUGAAGACUAUUUCUUCGCGAAUGUUCGUGACAGCUUCAGCCAAGCAGUGAGAGAAGUGCUGGAAAAGACUAAUGAAUGGACCUGUCGAAGUGACGCCAUGCACAACUACAGACGUCUGCGUCAGCGCAACCUCAAGUUGGAAACUCAGGCUGCUGGCAUCAUUGACGAUCAAGACUCACACAAGAUUGUGAUGGACGUUUUUGAUUUCAUUAAGGGCGACGUGACAGUGCAGCUGGUGAAGGGCAAGGAACUGCUGGUCGAGGGUCAAGCAGAGAAGCAGGACGGAAGCAGAGUGUCCCGAGUGAGCUUCGAGCGUCGCUUUGCGUUGCCUGAGCUCGUCGACCGAGACGCCAUCAGCUGCGUGUUGUCCUCGGACGGAAUCCUGACAAUCAUCUCCAAGAAGAGAGCAUGCGAGUACAGGACUAGUGCAAGGGGACUUUCCAGUGAGAGGAAGUCCUACGGUGACAGGGCUGGCAGGUGGGAGGACAAGAAAGUGAAGGACUCCCUCGCGGAUCUGGAAGGCCCCAGCUCUCGGAGCUUCAGCACUGGCUCUCGCUCCCGCUACCAUCGCUCCUAUACGAAACAAUAUUAGAGUAAAAGUCCUUAU